AUGGGCAUCAAGAUCCCAGCGCACCUUUACAGAGCUGCAGAGAGCCUUGUUCCUGAUAGGGCUGAUGGUGGCAGGCUACAUUUGCCCAACUCUUGUAUCUUUGCAGGUCAGGACUUGGGUCUUUGGUCCAGUGUCCCGACAAGCUCCAUCAGCGACCGUGCUGCUCCCAAUGCCGGUCUCCCUGUGAGGAUUCUGGCCAUGGAUCCGUGGUAG